AAGGGCCCUUGGAAUUGUCCUAACUUUCCGGCGCCAUUGAAUGGAUGACAUUGCCCGUUGUAGCUAACGAAAUGCCCCCUGAGCUGACACAGAACAUUCAGUAAAAUAGCCAGAGGAGGGCGCUAAAGUAAUCCCGAGCACUUCAUCUUGCUUCACCACAAGGCUUCCAUGACACCGUCAAACUCCACAAAACAAACUAUGAGCGACGAUACGUCCCACCGGGCUGCUAUCCUGCCCCACUGCUCCAACAGGACCCUGCAGCACCCUUCUUUCAUGCCUCUGUACAUGGCUGCUAAAGGCAGCUUGUACCCUUUCCAAACAGUUCCUUACCUCAGCCCACAAGAGGUCUUCUACAAUGAGCCAACCCACUGGGGCAAAAGGAUCCCCAACACUGUCGCAAAUUUGGAGUCGGAGUUGAGUUUGUUUCAGCUCAACACUCGACCGCCGCUUGUGUCCUGCUGUGAAGCUCCUCCAAAGCAAGCAGACCCCAAGCAGACAGACUCCAGCUCCAACGUCAGUCCAUUAUGUGGUCCAACCCAGGCGGUCAUUCAGCUGAGCUGGGAUGAGAUCCUGGCUAUCACUUGUCACCUUAAACUGCACCACCCGAUGGAGGUGGAAUCAACCAGCACUGCAGAGCCUUCGCUGGCGUGCGGGGACACCAGAGGCCUUGGGGAGCAUUCUGGCUCGGCAGCAGGAGAAGCAAGAGGAGAUGCCAAGGAGGAUGGAAGAUGGUGCGAUGCCGAACUUGAGGCAGCUCACACCCUCAUGGGAGGCUUUGGUCUGGGAGACGAGGGCACAGCUGUGGUUCAAAGGUGUCUUGAUGGAGGCACAGAGGAACCUCAAAGCUGCAAGCCAGAAUGGAUGGAGGUCAUGCUGACAGAUGCCGUGGAGAUCUAUGAGGAGUACCUCAUACCUCUUUCCCUGCCUUUUCCCUAUCUUGUGGAUGCUGAGUGAGACGUCCUCCCGUCUCUUUGGGACACAUCAUAACAAUUAGUUUGCCCAAGAGACAAGCUGUUCAUUGGUUCAUGUGCACAUUUGACAUCUUCAACAAUGACUUCAUAUACACAAAAACAAGCACCUGACUCGCUAGUUACUUUUAUUGUGUGUGUGUGUGUUGUAAACCUUCUAGCAGCAUGUUGUGGAUUUACACAAAUAAUCCUUCACAAAGCUCAUCUAGCAAGGUGGCUAAUAUGACCAGUUAGAGCUUUAGAUUUGUUUUUUUCGCUUCCAAACAUGACAGGAAGAAUUUUUUGUUGGGUGCUACUGUUUGUGCUGCUUUUGUUCUUGUGUGUUUGAAUUGUUUACAAUGCGAUUGCUACGACAGCCACACGAUCACACACACAUUAAAGGAUGUUCUCUUUACAGCACCUCCUUGAAAUAGUCCAGUUCAAGUUUAGAGGUGAUGAUCGUGUCCAUUGUGUCAUCACUAAUCAUUGUAAGUGGGCGAUGUAAAAGUCAACCUAAAAGGUCCUAGAUCAAGUUACGGCUUCUGCCGUUGGUCACCAGGCUGGCCGCCUGAAUGACUCUGUAGCGCUCCUUCAGGUUGCGCCGCCUCACGUGUUCAUUGGUGAUCUCAAUGAUGUGGUUAUCGGGGAACCAACCCUUCUGGCCGUCUGACAGGCGGAUCCCCUCGAACCAGCCUGGGGGUCGGGAGGGACAGCAAACACAGAAAGG